UACCCUAAAACCCUAAUCUCAAUAUGGACAAUUUCGAGCCACACAGCCAAGAAUCCUUGAAAAGAAGGUUUCAUCAAGAUAACACGACCACGCAUCAACCUCGUGAAACCACAACAAGAACAUCAUCCUUCAUGCCAAAAUCUAUUUCAACAAACCCUAAUAGUAGCUCAAGUUCCGGAGCAGCCGGGAGAUUCUCAGGGUUUGGACUCAACGUCGACGAUGAUCUAGUUUCAUCUGUGGUUCCUCCCGUUACCGUUGUGCUCGAGGGACGUUCUAUCUGCCAACGAAUUAGGCUAGAUAAGCAUGAGAGUUAUCAAACCUUGGCUUUGGGUCUGAGGCAAAUGUUUGUUGAUGGGGCUGAUUCGACUUCGGAGACGAAAGAUCUUGAUCUCUCCAACGCCAUCCCUGGCCAUAUUAUUGCUUAUGAAGACAUGGAGAACGAUCUACUUCUCGCUGGUGAUCUUAGUUGGAAGGAUUUUGUUCGUGUAGCUAAGAGAAUUCGAAUCUUGCCGGUGAAAGGGAACACAAGAAAGGUUAGAAGGAACGAGUAACUAGAGAGAUAACGUUUUGCCAACGAAGUCAGAAGAUGUUUGUAGCAGCCUAGCUAUGUCGGUGAUUCCCAAAGGCGAUAUUAUUAUAAAACUUUCAUCGAAUGUGUUUGCUUCUUUUUAUUCACUGCUUAUCUUCCCAUGAAACGAAAGAACAAAAUGGAACAACAAAAUUGUUACGAUCACAAAUCGUGUGGAUAUAAUCGCAAAUACAAUAGAGAUAACCUAUCUUCAAUUUUUAUUCAUACAUAACAACAACUCACAUCGCAUAUGUCAAAAAAUACUCAAGUGAAUUUGAAGAAACGAAUAGAGGAUUAGAUGUAGGUUGUACACAACACAUGUUAGUGAUUCAUACAUAACAACAACACACUCCAUAAUCCAGGAACCAUCUUUUCUUCGAGUGCUCCUUCUCAGCUCAAGUUUGGGCGCAUCUUGUCAAAGGUAUACUGCAGAACUCAUACACCGCAGAAUGGACUGACAUUGAGAUACUGCUUGUUGAUCGGAACCGGGAGAGAAAUCAGCUGUUCUGUAUCCGAUAUGCCUUUCAAGCCGCUGUCUAUGCGUUGCGGAGAGAACGUAAUAGACGCAGACAUGGAGAACCACCAUUGCCCUCUCAAGCUCUGAUGAAGCUUGUCCAUAAAGGUAUCCACAACAAACUCAGCUUGAUGAAAUCACAAGAUGGAAAGAGAUUUGAAGGCAUUUUGCAAUAUUUGUUUGCCACAAGAUUGUAAAUAGAUGCAGUUUAGGAGUAGUAAAGGAGUAGUUAAAUAAAGUUUCCAUCUUUAAACAUAUGAUGCACUUGAUGUAAAAAAGUCUUUUUUGAUGAAUAAAAUUUAACAUUCAUUCAAAAAAAAGAAGGGAGAUAAGAUUCCAACCAUAAACUAAGAAGAAAUCAACUGAGCAACCGACAAUAAAACAAGAGCAGAUAAGCCAAUGUUUGGAGUUGGGGGUAAGAGUUUGUUCUUUUUUUUUUUGUUUAAACGUUAAGGCAGACUUUUUGUUUGGUCUCUUGUCAUGUCACCCACUAAGUUUCUAUUUUGGCUUCUAUAACCAAAAAUCAUAACCUUUGACGACAUAAAACCUCAUGGCUUUGUCAUGUAAACCCCAAAACAAAUAUAAUAAGACAAACGAUAAGCUUUCUCACCGAUUCAUGAUUAUGGCUUGUUAUCAUUACAUUGAAGAAGCUUUUGUUAUAUAUAUAUCACUUAGUUUGAAGCCUAAAAUGGAGACAGACCCCAUUCCUCUGGUUUGAACUGGAGUAGAGAAGUUAUGAUUUGAUCUGCAACGUCAUGGUAAGAGAUAUCUAGUCUAAGAUCGGGUAUACCAUCACCACGUGUAGAGAAGAAGAAUCAAGAGGAAUAAUCUUGGUUUAGAUCAGAUGGAUAUCAAUAGUUUUCCAGCUUUUGGUCUGCAAGUAAACCACUAAACUCGUUUAUUAUGAGUAACAAGUUGUAUUGUAAAUAUGCACAUAAGCACAUAUAUACUUGAAUAUACAUACGAAGGUGUCAAGAAGAUUGAAUACUUAUCUUUAUAUACUAGGUAAUAACCUGCGCCUUGCGCGAAACGUGAUUAUUAGUUUCAUUAUUUUUUAAUAAAGAGACAUUAAUCUC